UAAUAGGAAGAAAUGUACCUGAACGCCGGUACAGGUGCGAGACCGAAAAACAAAACAGGUGUGCAAUCUAGGACAUUAUUCCUCUUUCCAGAAUCAGUUAUCGAUGUUUCCAAGAAAUUCAGAUGAAAGUGGAUAGACAAAUGUAACAGAAUGAAGAAACAAUAAUGUGGAGGUACUGCAUCGUGGUAGCAAAUCUGUUUGGAGUGGUCCUAGGAUGGCAUUUGGUAAUGAAGGUUCCGCAGGGUGACCUAGGGGGUGCCACCAGUGUAUAUGACCUUUGGACAUCCAAUAUGACCUUGAACCCUGAUGCAGAAAAUGUGAUGAAUAUACAGCCAGGAAUACCAUAUAAAUCUGCAGAUACACUUAACUGGGAGAAAAAGGAUAUUAGUCUGGUAAAAAUAGCAUUUUAUACUGGUGGAGAUGAAAUGGCAUACAUUGUGUUUGGAGCUGCAGGUCAGUCGUACAACCAUUCUGACUGGCCAAUAUUUUCUGAGGCCACAAACAUUACAAGCUGGUUUGAUUGUUCAAGAAUUCUACACAGUACCUUCUCUAGUCAGUUUCCAGGAUCAGUUCCAGACUUCUGCAGCAUACAUAGUGUUUCAACCCUGGACCACAGUUUUUCUAUCAUGAGUAUGCCCAUAGAAUCCUCUUCAGACUGUGCCAAUAUGACAGGCUGGUUCACAGUACUAGAACCUGGAAGUAGUAACUCUGCCAUUCAGUGUCAAUGGCAACCAAGCGGUAGUCCUCCACAUUUCAUGUUUUCCUCUGGUAACGGUUCUGUUCUGUUCUCUGAGGCAGUGUCUGCAGAUGUUUUUGCUGUUUAUGUUGAUGACUGUAUAGACAAGAAAGUAUGUCAUAGUCCAGCUUGCUGGCAAGAUCCUCAUGGGAACUGUUUCUGUAACGGAUUUAAAUGUACAGAGGCUUGCUCCCACUUACCAUGCUCAGAAGGAACAAAGUGUGUUACAAAUCCAAAGAAUGAGUCCAACUAUACAUGUGAAUGCUUAUAUGGCUAUGUCGGUAAUAGAUGUAAAGUAACUGCUGAUACAGAUGGGCUUACAGCUGCUGCCAUUGCUGGUAUUGUUAUUGCUAUUCUUCUGUUGAUUGGUCUAGUUACCAUAGCGAUAUGGUACUACUGCAGAUGGCGCCACAAGGAUGAUGAGCUCAAACAGGAAAUGACCCAAAGAGCAGUUUCAGCAAAAAAUUUUGUACGGAGAAGUGUACACAGAUUGUCUGGGCGCCAGUAUCAAUUCCAGCGUCGUCAUCUGAAAGAAGAAAAACCAAGCCCAACAAUCACAGUGAAAGGUAAAUCAGAACAGUUGUCACCAGACAGCAGUAUUGUGUUUGGUGAGGUAAAUCCUGCCUUUGAUACUGAAGAACCGACAACCCCUCAACCAACCCCACCUGUUGACAGACGUUACACUGAAUUUCCCACACGUCAUGUUCCUCAGCUGCCAGUUUCAGUUUCUGUUACAGAAAUUCAACUUCAUGAGAAGCAGCAGCAAGAAUCAAAACCAUCUGUCCCUCAAAGUGGACCUAAAGGUUAUGAAAACCUUCCAUUCCCGCAAUCAGAAGUACGAUCUCGGAGGGAAUCUCCUCAUAACUUUGAUGUGUAUGACAGAGCAAGCACUGUCGGCAGCUUUGAGAAAGCUAGUACAAUGAGUGAAAUUUCAGAUGCUACAAGUACAUCAGGAUAUAGUGACUAUACAGGUGAUGCUCCUGCGAAUCUCCCACCGAGUGAAAUGAUUUCUAAAGACGUUUUACGCCAUGGACAUCACCGACAUAAAGUAAGGUCAAGGCCACGGUCCCGUGCAUCAACUGCUGAUCCUCCAAAAGUGAUAGUUGCUCCUGAAACUCCGGAGGGUCAGAUAAAUUAUGCGAUGGAAAGGAGCAGACUUAGUAUUAGCAGUUUAUCAAGCAUGUCUAGUGAAGCUACGCAUAAAAGUGAUAGUACACAACGUAGUGGUGAACUUACUAAAUCAGACGUUCUUCGAGCAAGAUAUGAACACAUGGCUGGUCAUGGCGAGCCUGCAGGCAGGUUCUCGAGAUUUGAUCACUUGACUAGAGGGGAGGGGCCAUCAUACUUGGAUAUUAAAAGGCAACUUGACGCAGAUAUGAGCCGAAGGGAGGCUCGAGAGCGUAAGCUACAAUUUGAACAGGAAAAUGAAGCUAAAUAUGAAGCUGAAAAAGUAAAGAAACACAGAAUGAGACAAGUAGAAAGUUUAGAUAGUGGAAUUGAUGCUGAGAAUACUACUGGUGAUAGAAAUAGUGAUGGAAGAAUUCAGAUUGUUCGUGCAAGGUCAGCUGAUCAGUUAGAUAGAAAUAUGACAGUAAGUUUUAGCUCAAAAGAGGCUACAGUGUAGUUGUUAAGUUGUUGAUCAUGAUUAAAGAGUUUCUCUUAUGUUUGCUGUUCCAGUAAGGGAGAGUUUCUCUGACUUUUUCCGUUUCAGCAAGAAGGAGAUUCUCUGACAUAUGCUGUUAGAGCAGUGGAGAGUUUCUCUGACAUUGCUAUCCCAGCAAGGGAGAGUUUCUCUGACAUUGCUAUUCCAGGAAGGGAGAGUUUCUCUGACUUUUUCCGUUUCAGCAAGAAGGAGAUUCUCUGACAUAUGCUGUUAGAGCAGUGGAGAGUUUCUCUGACAUUGCUAUUCCAGCAAGGGAGAGUUUCUCUGACAUUGCUAUUCCAGCAAGGGAGAGUUUCUCUGACAGUUUCUCUGACAUUUGCUGUUCCAGCAACGGAGAGUUUGUUCUAACAAGCAAGUGUUUCUCUGACGUUUGCUGUUCCAGUAAGGGAGAAUUUCUCUGACAGUUUCUAUUCUAGCAAGGGAGAGAUUCUCUGACAUUUGCAGUUCCAGCAAAGGAGAAUUUCUCUGACAGUUCCUUUCCCAGUUCUGACUUGCUGUUCCAGCAAGGGUUAGCUUCUCUGAUGUUUGCAUUUCUAGCAAGUUUUCUGUUCAGUUGCCUUUGUUUAAUUUUGGCUUGAUAGAAAUGAUUUAUGCAGUAUAAUAGGAUUAUUAGUUACAAUCUAGUAUUUAGAUCGGCCAUCUCGUAACAGCAUACGUGUAAUAACAAUAUUAUGGGGUAUCAUACUAGGUUCUGUCUCAAAAGAGAUGUUACUGUUUCAGUAAGAUGGAAUGGUCAAAGGAUCUAUUGUUAUUGUAAAUUGUCAUAGUUCUAAACAGUUUUGGCUUAUCACUUCAGAUAAAUAGUUUAUGGUUUUAAAUUUCCUUAUCUGUCUUUUAAUUCGUAACUCUAGCAUAAAGAUAUGUCUUUGGUUCUUAUAUUGUUACUUGGGGAAAUGAAAAGGUUUUUUUAAUCGGGACUAAAGAAAUUUAAAAGUUCUUCUGUAGAUAUUUUCCUGCAACAUGUAUAUUAUUUUCUUUAGAUUUUGAUCUGAUCAUAAAGGCAAGCUAAUUGUUUUAUUUUAUGUUAAGAAUAUAUUAUGCUUUUAGUCAUUUGUGUAUUUAUUUUUGAGCUGUACCAUGAGAAAACUAAAAUAGUGGCUUUGCGACCAGCAUGGAUCCAGACCAGCCUGCGCAUCCACACAGUCUGGUCAGGAUCCAUGCUGUUCACUAAAGGUGUCUCUAAUUGCAAUAGGCUUUGAAAGCGAACAGCAGGGAUCCUGACCAGACUGCGUGAAUGCGCAGGCUGGUAUAGAUCCGUGCUGGUCGCAAAACCACUAUGUUGGUUUUCUCAUGGUGCGGCUCAUUUGUAUUUGUUUAAGUUUCUAUGUUAAUAAGUUUAGAAGGCAUGGACGGUAGCAUGCAUUUCCACUACCGUCCAUGAACAGGCUCAAUCAAACCGAGCCUGCAACAUUUUCGUUUUUGUUGUGUUGACUGACCUGUGGAGUUUCCACUUUUUCUAUUUUAGUGGCACUGAUAUGUUCAUAGGAAUCGGUUUAAAAAAGUCUGUAAAUUGGGUUAACAUUUUUGGUACAUAUAUCAGUUAUUGUUUUCUUAUUUUGUGUACUUGUCUGUUAUCUGGUAGCUAUCCAGCUCGUUCCAGGCAGGUCAAUGGUUUUCUGUUUGCGAAAUAAUGUCUUGAAGGGCAUGUCGGUCGUUCUCGAUCAUUAAAUCUUGUAACUUGCCAUAUGACCUAAAUCAUGUUAAUUUGUGACUAAAAACCAAACACAGCAAACUUAAACAAAUAAACUGUGUAAGUAGAGAUAUUUUACAGUCGGUUCAUAUUUGCUGCGUCACAAACUCGACAAAAUUAUUUGGCCAAUAAUUGUAUGUGUACGAGACAGAAGUUAUAAUUGUUCAGUUUUAUCAUAAUAAAGAGAAUUUUUAUUGAGAUGAAAUAGUAUUAUGAUUUAUUACUAAACUGCUGUGAUUUGUAAUAAAAAUCGGUGAGACAGUUUUGUUUUAAGUUUUCCUGUGUAUGUUUUGAGAGUACGAUAUGACUGAAUCUUGCAGUUGUGAAUUUGCAAUCUAUAUGAAGCUUUUUUUAAUAAUAUUUUUACUUUAAUUAUGCUGACAGCUACCAUUUUUGUAUGAAUGAAAUGAAUAUUUGAAAAACAUAAAUCAGGAUCUAUUUCUGAAAGAAUUAUUGAAGGAAAAAAAAAAACAACAAAAUUUCAGGUUAUACUUACUUCAGGAAUUGUAUAUAUACAUUAUAUGUAUUUUUUAAAAUUAUGGGAAAUAGGACUUUGGAUGGUAAGUCCAAAUGUUAUCGAUAUAUUUUUGGAAAAACAAUUCCUAUUACCACAUUUUGAGUCCUUUAUAAUGUUGUAUAUAGUCAAUAUUUAAAAGAAAUUGUGAAAAAAAAUGUUUUGGACAAGGUAAAUGAAACAGUGAAUGCAUAUGUGUUUAUGUGACAUUUGAGAGGAAGAUGUGGUAUAUAAACCUUUUAAUUGUGUUGCCUUAAAAUUUCAAUAGUUUUGCAGUUUUGUGAUUUAGUAACAUUAGUUUGCUACAUAUCAUGACAUACAUAUCAGUUGGUUUUAAUUUCGACACAUUCUAUAUUUUUAUAUGUAUAUGUUUUCAUUUUACACGUAUGUAUGCCUUUUUACACUUAACAGAAGGUAUUAUCUGUGUAGUCCCUGUCAUUACAUUCCACACAUCAUUUUAGCUGAAGUAUAGUAUUUUCUAUGUAGGGUAUGUGAAGCUUUUUGUCUGAAAGUAAUAUACAGAACAGGGGAAUAACUUGAUGAAAUUUAACCUUAUUUGAAUCUUUGGUUCAUUUUUAAGUGCUUUAGCAUCGUGCAGUCCAUAUACAGUCAAUAGAAUAUCAGAUUUUUACUUCAAAAUACAGAUGACAAUAUAAAAUAUUAUAAAGCUCUUUUUGGACAUGUAUGUUUUCCCGUUGAAUGUAUAUAAGCACACAGUUUAGGAUUUAUAUCAAUCAGUAUAAAGGUUUUUCUAAUCAAGUGUUUUCAUUUCAUCCCAGAUCGCUGUUUUAUACCCAUUGGAUUAUAUUAGGAACUUGUUUAAACAGUAUUUGGUAUUGGCUGUUUUUCAAAAUGAUUGUUGUUUAAUUAACUCCUUAUGGUUGGGAUUUUAAAUUUUUUUCAAAGGUACUUAACAAGAAACUAUGAUAAAUAACAUCUGUCUUUUCCAGUAAAUGCAUAAAUGGUCCGUACAUUUUUGUAAGCUAGCAGUCUUGAACUUUCCUAGUAAUAACGGCGUUUUAAGUAUAUGUAAUGUAUUGAUAUAUUUUUGCAAAACAAUCUAAUACUUAAGUUGUUUUUGGCUGAAUUACUAAUAAUUGUGUUUUAAAGAAGAAAUUUUUAUUUAAUAUGCGUCUCUGUAUAUUCCAGUAUACGGGUUGGAUAUGUUACGGUUGUAAGCAGCGAAUGAAGAAGCAUUUGUAUUCCUUCAUCUUUUGAUAUGUAUGCAUUCCAUCCAUUUCCGUAUCCAUGUAAUUGUAAUAUUUUGUCUUUUAUUUAUAUUUCACAUGUUAUAAAGAGAGCUUUCCAA